AUGAACCCCUUAGAGAUCUCAGCAGUAAAGCUCCUCGCUCUUCGCCAGGAUGAGGGAGCCGGAGCUGAAGAGGCCGUUAACGAGUGCGGCGCUGCCGCCGUUGACGUGAGCAACAAGCCUCUGCGCAUCGCCUCCAUCUUCAUCAUCCUCAUCGCAUCGCUUCUCGGCGGCUUCCUGCCCAUCAUCCUGGCUCGGACUACCCGGAUGCACGUUCCCAAGAUGACCUUCUUCAUCUUCAAGUAUGUCGGUACCGGUGUCAUUAUCGCAACCGCUUGGAUGCAUCUGCUGUCUCCUGGUGUCGAGGCUCUGCACAACGAGUGCUUGGCGUCCAUGCUGGGAGAUUACGACUGGGCCUUUGCCAUCGGCCUGAUGACUAGGGGUAACGGCUUCGUUGACCCCAAGAAGGUGCCCGGACUACCAGAUGAUGUCAGCUACCCGCCAGGCGGAAGAGACCACCUCGGUCACGCUCGCGACCACAAGGAGGGAGACAGCCACACUGGUCUCGCCGGUCAGCUGAUCGCCAUCUUCAUCCUCGAGUUUGGUGUCGUGUUCCACUCCAUCUUUAUCGGACUUGUCCUCGCCACCAGCGACGAGCUCGUCGUUCUUCUCAUCGUCCUUACCUUCCACCAAUUUUUCGAGGGUCUCGGUUUGGGCUCUCGCCUUGCUACUGCCACUUGGCCUGCACACGGACGCUGGUGGCCUCACAUCCUUGCGACCAUCUACGGUCUCUCGACUCCCCUGGCUAUUGCCGUGGGCAUCGCUGCCAAGCCGAACAGCGCGCAGACGCAGACUCUCGUCAACGGAAUCUUCGACUCUAUCAGCGCCGGAAUUCUGAUGUACACGGGUCUGGUCGAGUUGUUGGCCCACGAGUUCAUGUUCAACCCGCAAAUGAGAAACUCGCCGCUCAAGGUGCAGCUUUUCGCCUUCGGCUGCGUCGCUCUCGGCGCCGGCGUCAUGGCUGUCUUGGCCAACUGGGCCUAG